UCAAAGGACCCGUUAUGCACGACCUACUUUGCAGGCCGCCCCAGUCGAAAGCUCGUAAUGGAAGCUUUCAGUUCGUAGUAGUCUACUGAAGCCAUUGAUCUUGAGCGUUUGGAUCCUAGACGCCACGCCAUCCACCUGCAUCAAUGUCCAUGUACACGCGAGUGUAUGUAUUGAACCACAUAUGACAGGACCAGGCGGCCCAGUGUCAAUGGCCAUCGCAAGAAUCAGGAGAGGAAAGAUGUAUCUUUUGGGAAUGGCCAGUUCCUCGCUGGUAAUGUACCAGCAGCAGGGCCAGGCGGUGGACCAUCCUCGGACGUUCAAGAACUCUGAAGGUCUGACUAUGCGCUGCCUUAAUCAAACGGCCUUUCUUGAGGAUCCUCUGGUUUCUGACGGCCUCUACGUCAAUGGCCAUUCGGGUCCUGACCGUGUCAUUUUCGCUACUAACAGCGAGUACUCUAUUACAAUUCUGUCUUCGAGGUGGCAGGCGACAGCUGAAGCAUGGAUGACCUAUCUUCCGGAUUCAAGGGAAAGGUACUGGCGUCAGGAAUUCGAAUCAGUGAGCCAAAACGCGUUUCUCAAGCACCAGCCGAGCCCUCCUCCCGGGCCGCCAUCAGCAUGUAUCUUCCAUUGUGCUUCAAAGGGCCGUGGGUCGCGGAACGGAUGCUGCGAUUGGAAACGCAAUAAGGGAGAUACAAAAGGGAAACUAGUAGUUGAGGAGGACCAAUGA